GCCUCGGGCUGCAGCUGGGGGUGCCGGCCUGGGGCGCGGGCGGGUCGGCCUCGGGCACCGGGGAGCCCUCCGUCCUGACGGCUUCCUCCGGGCCCGGCGUGGCUGCUCGCGCUCGGGGGCUGGGAUCUGGGAGGCAGGCGGCGCGGGCGGGUGGUUCGAGGAUCCGCACCCGUCCGGCGCCCCGAGCGCUUUCCACCGGGUGCAGCAUGGACCGGGCCCCAGUUUCCGCGCUUCUCACUUCGGACCCUGCUCCCAGGACACGUCCAGCCUCUGUAUAUGUCUGUGUUGAGAAGGGUGGCCAGAGGAGCGGCGUGUCUUCGUUUCCGAGCCCCGACCUCUCCCAGGCGCGCGGGGACCCCAGGCGGCCGCUGGGGUGCGUGGAAGUUAACUUGCAGCCGCGGUGGAGUUGUGAGGCGUGUCAGAAGUGGAGGCGUGGAGGGCGGAAAUCGCUGGCUAGGGAGGGCACUGCCGGAAGACAGCCUUGGUGAGCAGGCACAAGGGCCAGAGCCCAGAGAUGAGAGUGUCCAGGGGAGAUGUGAGCCCAGUGGGCUGCCCGCUGACCUGUCGCUGAAGUCCAGGAAUCAGGCCCCCAGGCCGGGCCUGCCCCACCCCCAGCCCAGCAUGCGGCUGUCAGUGCGGAGGGCGCUGCUGGCUGCUGGCUGUGCCCUGGCCCUGGUGCUGGCGGUCCAGCUGGGGCAGCAGGUGCUGGAGUGCCGGGCAGUGCUGGCUGGCCCUCGGAGCCCCCGGCGGGCCAUGCGGCCGGAGCAGGAGGAGCUGGUGAUGGUCGGUGAGGACCACGUGGAGUACCGCUACAGCAAGGCGAUGCCACUCAUCUUUGUGGGUGGUGUGCCCCGCAGUGGCACCACGCUGAUGCGUGCCAUGCUGGACGCCCAUCCUGAGGUACGCUGCGGCGAGGAGACCCGCAUCAUCCCACGCGUGCUGGCCAUGCGACAGGCCUGGUCCAAGUCUGGCCGUGAGAAGCUCCGGCUGGAUGAGGCGGGCGUGACGGACGAGGUGUUAGAUGCAGCCAUGCAGGCCUUCAUCCUCGAGGUGAUCGCCAAGCACGGCGAGCCGGCGCGCGUGCUCUGCAACAAGGACCCCUUCACGCUCAAGUCCUCAGUCUACCUGUCACGCCUGUUCCCCAACUCCAAGUUCUUGCUGAUGGUGCGGGACGGCCGGGCCUCUGUGCACUCCAUGAUCACACGCAAAGUCACCAUUGCCGGCUUUGACCUUAGCAGCUACCGCGACUGCCUCACCAAAUGGAACAAGGCCAUCGAGGUGAUGUAUGCCCAGUGCAUGGAGGUGGGCAAGGACAAGUGCCUGCCUGUGUACUAUGAGCAGCUGGUGCUGCACCCCCGUCGCUCCCUCAAGCUCAUCCUCGACUUCCUUGGCAUUGGCUGGAGCGACGCCGUUCUGCACCACGAGGAGCUCAUUGGCAAGCCGGGUGGUGUCUCCCUGUCCAAGAUCGAGCGGUCCACGGACCAGGUCAUCAAACCUGUGAACCUGGAAGCACUCUCCAAAUGGACUGGUCACAUCCCUGGGGAUGUGGUGCGGGACAUGGCCCAGAUCGCCCCCAUGCUGGCUCGGCUUGGCUAUGACCCCUAUGCAAACCCACCCAACUAUGGCAACCCUGACCCCAUCGUCAUUAACAACACACACCGGGUCUUAAAAGGGGACUAUAAAACACCAGCCAAUCUGAAAGGAUAUUUUCAGAUGGCUGCAAAUGGCUUUGUUGCCAAGAAGAGAAGAAACUGCCUUCGAAUGGAAAUCGGACCUCUAAUCCAAGCAUAUUGCUUGCAAUUAAUUGCCAAAACGGGACUGCUAAUGAGAAAUGCAUUUGCAUAUGUUUGCAAAAGUUGAAUCAUUGAAAACAUACCUUGAGACUCUCUGUCUUUGGACACUCUGGGGUAGAGACCAAAGAGUAUGGAAAGUAGUCCGGCUUUUGAAACUUUUAGAUAUUUUAUAUUUUUUCCCUUCAAGAACUUUUUUUUAAGAAAUGGAUUUGCCAUCCUUCUUAAUGUGCAGGACUGCCUUGGUGGCUUUGUUUGCUGGGACAAGGCCCACAACCUGUGCCUCUCCUAUUGAUCCUUACUUUGAAUUCAAAGAAUCUAUUUAAGAAUUUAAUAUAUAAGAAUUUCUUUGAUUCCUCCUCAGUUCUACUCAGUUUCACAGGCAAAAAAAAAAAAAAAAAAGUUAUUUGAAUAAAGUGAACAGAGGCUCA